AUGACUCUAGACGCAUCUUACCUCCGGGGAUCCAUGGCUGCUAUUCUUUCAGUCCUUCAACACUCAUCUUGCCCUGAAAAUAUAAUCUUCCAUUUUGUGUCUUCCGCUGCCGCCGACACCUCUCACCUCAACCUCACAAUCGCAAAGUCAUUUCCUUACCUUCAGUUCAACAUCUAUCGUUUCGAUGAUUCGCCGGUGGCGGGGUUGAUCUCAACUUCUAUUCGUGCUGCACUGGAUUGUCCACUCAACUAUGCCCGCAACUAUCUGGCUGAUCUGCUCCCAAAAUGCGUUCAAAAGGUUGUUUAUCUAGAUUCCGACCUCGUACUCGUCGAUGAUAUUGCUAAACUUGCUGCAACUCCUCUAGGCAAUGAAGCAGUUUUAGCAGCACCUGAGUACUGCAACGCAAACUUCACCUCCUAUUUCACGCCCACAUUCUGGUCCAACCCUUCUCUUUCCUUAACCUUCGCGAAUCGAAAGCCUUGUUAUUUCAACACUGGAGUCAUGGUCAUUGAUCUUGAGAGAUGGAGAGCCGGGGACUAUACAACGAAAAUUGUGGAAUGGAUGGAGCUGCAGAAGAGAAUGAGGAUUUAUGAAUUGGGUUCUUUGCCACCUUUCUUGCUUGUUUUUGCCGGAAAUAUAGCUCCGGUGGAACACCAGUGGAAUCAACACGGUCUCGGCGGUGAUAAUUUCCGGGGACUAUGCCGGGAUUUGCAUCCGGGUCGGGUAAGCCUCUUGCAUUGGAGUGGAAAGGGUAAACCAUGGGUUCGACUCGACGCCAACCGGCCUUGCCCUUUGGAUGCUUUGUGGGCACCUUAUGAUCUAUUACAAACGCCAUAUAUUAUUGAUUCUUGA